GCUAUCCGCGAGCACCACGCACACGCUGACCACACGCUUUGACGAGCGUGCUCUUUCUCUUCUUUUUUGUUGUUCUGGCGCAUCUGCUUCCGUUCUGUUGAAAAAUCUUAUAUUUGUUUCUUCCUUGCUUGACUCUCCCUCACCUACCAGACACUCCCCAACGAAGGAAAACAUGGACGAACACUUCAUCUUUUCUCGCCCGGUGGUGGUGACGGAGGACAAGCUUAGGGAAGCGCUGGCCAAGAAGGCAAAUCAAAAAACCUUGAAAGACGCACUCGACCAGCAGGUAUUCGAAGCGGAGCGACUCAAAGUCGAGGCGCACCGGGCGAAAGGACGAAAGGAGAAGAAAUCAGCCAACAGAGGCAGCUUGACAUCCGCACCGUCGUCGUCUUCGGAAGGAGAAACGGCUCGAGGCACGAAUUCGAGUUUGGACGCCAGCCCGGCGGGACCGUCUCCGGCCCCCCUUGUCCCUUCGCCCCCACCUUCAUCCGGCACGCAUGCGGGCCCUUCCAGCGGUCUCGAGCCCACUCGCUACACCUUCUCCUUCAAGGAAGGGCAGGGCACCUUCGAGGUAACGGACAAAACAGUCCGACAACUGAAGGAAACACUGCAGCCCUCCUCUGCUGAAAGUCGCGCGCGGACCGGCAGCAAGGACGACGGAGGCCCUUCCGUACCUUCCUCCAACAUCAAAGAAAAGAAGCCGGAUGGACCCGUUCCGGUGCGGCGCACACCGUCUUCACGUGACAGCGCUCGCGAGGCAGGGGGUGGCGGCAGCAGCAGCAAUCGCCGGAGGCGCAAGGGGAGCCCCACUGCUCCCGCGGCUGCUGGUCGAGGAGAGUACCAGACUAACUCCCUCCCCGCUGAUUUCAGACUAGGCAAACGAGCUGGUAAUGGCGGUGGCGGUGGCAGCAACGUUUGCAGCCCGACGACGGUCACCCGUGAACGCGUAGGCAGUGGCGGGAGUCAGCCGAGUCGCGGCGCCUCUCGUGAGAGGGGGGGCGCUGGUGGUGCUGGAAGUGGAGACGAAGGCGGUUACGACACCCAGUCCUUGCCGGUCGAGCUGAUUUACAAGUUGAGUCAAGGCAAUGCGCUGCCCAGUGCCGCUGGUGCUGGUCCGGAUGUGCGGUCCCCCCUGUCGCGUCUGAAGCCCCCGCACCCGCCUCGGUUGGUCUCACCGAAGCGCUCCCUCUCUACCAGCCGCAUCUCCGACUCGAUGGGAAUGCGCUCGCCGCGGACGCCGUUGCUGCCCCCGCCCGGCAGCCCAGGUAGCGCACUGCGAGACCGCGCCGUGCCGGUGUCGCCGCGCGGUGGUAAGGCUGGCCGGCUUAGCACCCCGCUCGACAGUGCCCGGGGUGCGCGGCCGUCUGCGCGGCCCGCUGGCGGGAUCCUCCCCCCGCUGAACGGCCGGCGCGACUCCGACGUGAUUGAGAUGUCGGCCAUUUUAGACGCCCAGACGCCCAUUCGCGAGAGCGGUGCCGGUGCUGGUGGUGCGCCGCGGCGUCGCACGAACAGCACCCCAAAAGACCGCGCCCUCUUCCCGCCUGGUGCGUCACCGCUGAACGACGUCUCUGCCUCUGAGCAGGCACGGAAGCAGGCGGAGCGGGAGAAGGGCUGGGCCCAGCAGGUAAAGCAGCUGAAGGCGGAACUGCGCAAAGCCCGGCAAGAGGCGGGCGCUAAGCUGGCGAACAACAGGGCCGAUGAGGCACAGGGCAAGGCGCCGCGGCGCGCGGAAACCGCCCCAGACCCGCCGGCGUACCCGCCCGGAAAAGCGCCACGUGGCGUCGGCGGGAUACGGCAGCGGCGGGUGGAGAAUGGCGGCAACCGCGGCGAGAACGCCCUCCCGGCGCGGCCCACUCGUUUAGAAAAGGUCGACUUCUCCCAGACGCGCAUCUUCAACCGCGAAACCUUUCGCCCGAUCACCGCCCCGGAGGACGCCUCGUCGUACUUUGGCGGCCUGCUCCACCCGCCGUCCCCGCGCACGCCGCUGCCGCCGGUGCAGCCGAAGGCGUCCCCCGCGCUGGCCGCGGUGUCGACGGAACAACUGACCGCCGCGAAGCGGACGGCGGCAUCGACGGCGCAGUCGGACCCACUGCCGCACGAAGCCGUGCGACAAAACUCCGUUCACACCGUCAUUUCGGCAGAUGACUCGCUCAAGCUGGCCUCCCUCACCACUCGGCAAAUCACGCUGGGGCUUCCCGAUUACGGCGAUGGGGCGCCGGUGCCGAUCGAGUUUCUGCAUCUGCGACAGUUUGUUGAGGCGCAGAUCAUCACGGCGAGCCAGGCGGAGAACUUGUGGGAGUUUUUUGCGCUCUCCGUCCCCGUGGAGUUUGGUGGGAGCGGUGGGGGAGGCGGCGCAGGCCAAAGACGGUUCAGCUCCGAUGCCGAGCACUUGGAAGUACAGGACGAGGUGCACGCGGGACGAGGGGAAGAGAUGGAGUCGCACACCAUCGAGGUGGAGGAGGUCGCCUUCGCCGGCGCGACGCACACACCGCACCGCGCGGAGAUCGGUGGAAACAGCGCAGGGUCCGAAAAGGGCGAGAUGGAGGAGGACGAGCCAGACGACUUCUUCGUCCCGCACUCACCUUCUCAGCUUCCCACCAACGCCGUGCUGGCACCCGCGCUGCGACGUAAGAUCAGUCAGCUCCACUCCGAGGAAGCGGCGAUGUUUCUGCAACGUCAACAGCAGCUGCGCAAUGGUCGGCAGCGUCCUAGUUUAAUUGCCGAUAGGAAGCCUAAAAGUAAACCAGCGGAGAAGGAUGCGGGGAGAGAGGAGCGAGCGCAGACGUCCCCGCUGCGCGGAUCUUCGCCCUCCCUGCGCCGUGACUCACAGGGCUCAGAGCCGGCGGGGACCUUCGACACGUACGCCGAAUUGAAGUUGCCACGGAAUGUGCGAACCGGUGACGCGGGGGAGGAGGAGGAGGAGUUAUAG